CCACAUAGAUAAUAAGAUAUUAGCUGUUAGAUUAUCGAGAGGUCACCAUGAAACUGUUUAUUUUUCUGUUUCUCCUGGAAAUACACGACACGGUGGGAUCGACUCACUCUCUGAGAUAUUUCUACUCUUCUUCCUCUGGAGUCUCAAACUUUCCAGAGUUUGUAGCUGUUGGUUUGGUUGAUGAUGUUCAGAUGAUUCACUAUGACAGCAACACACAGAAAGCAGAGUUUAAGCAGCAGUGGAUGGAGAAAGCUGCAGAAGAUGAUCCAGAGUAUUUGUCCCGCCAGACUAACAGGCUCAUGAACACCCAGCAGGUCUUUAAAGGCAACAUCGACAUUUUGAAGCAGCGAUUCAACCAAACUGGAGGUGUUCACAUUAACCAGCUGAUGUACGUCUGUGAAUGGGACGAUGAAACGGCUGAAGCUUACGAAUCAUCAGAGACAUGGAUCGCUCCAGUAACGCAGGCUGUAAUCACCAAACUCGAGUGGGACAGUGACAGAUCUCUUUCAGGUGAUCUGAGGAACUAUCACACCCAGCUUUGUCCUGAGUGGCUGAAGAAGUACGUGAACUAUGGGAGGAGCUCUCUGAUGAGGACAGGUGUGCAUGUUUAUCAGGAGAUGUACGGCUGUGAAUGGGAUACUGAAACAAAUAAUGUGACCGGCUAUGAUCAGCUGGGUUACAAUGGCGAGGACUUUUUGGCGUUUGACCUUAAGACAGAGACGUGGAUCGCUCCAAAGCAGCAGGCAGUCAUCGCUAAACAGAAGUGUGACUCUGACAGAGCUCUCAGCCAGACAGAAGAAUUCACUCACAUUUGUCCCGAGUGGCUGAAGAAGUAUCUGAACUAUUCAGGGAGCUCUCUGAGGAGAACAGUUCUUCCCUCAGUCUCUCUCCUCCAGAAGUCUUCCUCCUCUCCAAUCACCUGCCACGCUACAGGUUUCUAUCCUGACAAAGCCAAACUGUUGUGGAGGAAAGAUGGGAAAGAGCUUCGUGAGGGUGUGAACAGAGGCGAGAUCCUGCCCAACAAUGAUGGGACCCUCCAGAUUUCUGCUGAUCUGGAUCUUUCAUCAGUCAAACCUGAGGACUGGAGGAGCUACGAUUGGUUUCAGCUCUGUGGUGUGAAUAAGGACAUCAUCACCAGACUGGACAGAGCAGUGAUCAGAACCAACGAAGGAAAUUCCCUCUUCAUGAUCAUCCCCAUGAUUCUUGCUCUGGGUGUUCUUGCUGUCAUCACUGUGAUUGGAUUCAUUAUCUACAAAAAGGAGACAGACAAACGACCUCCAUCUCCUGUAGAAAACCGUGAGGUCCAAGAGAAAAUGAUUCCUUGUGAAGCCUAAAUGACAGACAUCACUGCUCACAGUGAGUUCAUACAUUAAAUGGACUUUUUCCUGGGUAGUGUAACAGCCUUCCAAUGUAUCGGAGGUCAAGGUUCAUCAACGUGGGGUCAGCUGGCUGCCUGACUACACUGAAUGAACAGAUUUUUCCAUUAAUACAUUUUGUCUUCCCUGAUGACACGGACAAGAUCCUGAUGCCAGGAGUCAUCAGGCUCAAGUUGCUAUUGAAGUGGUUCAUGAAACAUCAUUUUCAACAUGUGCAUUUCACUGAAAUAAAUAUAUGAAACAGUAUAAGCUUAAUGAAGUGAAUGCAUGUCAGCAUCAAAGUUAAAGGCAGUUCAGUGAAACAUUAGUGUGACUUUUGUUGGCCAGAAACUGUAAAGCUUUCAUAAAAUGUGUUCCGGUUCUCCCCC